AUGGGCAUAGGAGGAUCCAAGGUCUGGAGCUGGCUCUCCCUGCUCAUGAAGCAGAAGGAGAUGCGCAUUUUGAUGGUUGGUCUCGAUGCUGCCGGAAAGACCACCAUUCUCUAUAAGCUCAAGCUAGGCGAAGUUGUCACCACCAUCCCGACCAUUGGCUUCAACGUGGAAACCGUCGAGUACCGCAACAUCCAAUUCACGGUGUGGGAUGUUGGUGGUCAGGACAAGAUCCGUCCCCUGUGGAGACACUACUUCCAGAACACACAGGGUAUCAUCUUCGUGGUCGACAGCAACGACCGCGACCGUGUGCCCGAGGCCCGCGAGGAACUGCAGCGCAUGCUCAACGAAGAUGAGCUGAGGGAUGCCCUUCUCCUUGUUUUCGCCAACAAGCAGGAUCUGCCUAAUGCUAUGAGUGUCGCCGAGAUUACAGACAAGCUGGGUCUCCACAGCCUGCGGCAACGCACCUGGUACAUCCAAUCCACCUGCGCCACCUCGGGUGACGGUCUGUUUGAGGGUCUCGACUGGCUCGCCACGGAAAUCAAGAAGAACAACUAAAGCGACACUUUUGAGUCGCGAGGCCCAGUUCACCUCGCACCUCGGUCAAGCAUGGUUCGAUUGUGAUAUACCAUAAUCCCGUU